AUGGCCCAGUACAGGCCUCUGCUGCCAGAAGAGAGGCAGGCCUUCAACACGGCCAAAGAUGUGUUGGGAAAGCAGCUCCUGCGGAAGGGCACCAAGUGCAACUCCGACCUCUUCAGGGCCUGGGACCUGAGGCAGCUUCAGGUGUGGGAGCGUCACGUGGCCCUGCAGGCUGAGCUCACCGUGACACUGGAGGUCCUGAGCUCCGUGACAGACCCAGCCCUGUGGGAAGUCCUGAAGCAGCCGAUUCACGCACUGCGUCUCAUCCACGCCCAGUGGCAGGCCUGUGUCCCUUCCUGGCCCAAGGCAGGCGGCAGGACCUAUAGCCACCGCCUGCACCGAUGGCUGCAGAGGCUCAAACGGGUCACCCAGGAGUCCCCUGGCUGCCUCCAGACUUCGGUCAUCUCCAACCUCUUCCGCCUGCUCACCCGGGACCUGAGAUGAGUGGCCAGGCCAGACCUGUGUGCCUGA